AUGCCGCGUCCCAAGCUUUGGUGCAUUGUGGGUGCGGAGAUGGAGGAGAAUGGUAGGACUAUCCUCACGACAGCCUCGGGGGCCUCACUCGUCGCUCAGAUUGAAGCUGACUCCAAGAUCCCAGUGAGCUGGCUCCAGCUCUUCCGAGAGCCGAACCUUCGAAAACGGGCGAUAUGCACCUUGUUGGUAUGGACAAUGGGUAUGAACACUGGCAUCAUUGUCAUCUCCAACCUGACGCCGACCCUCUUUGCCGGCCUGGGGUACGGCUCGGUCUUACAGCUUAGCUUGGGCCUUGUCUUCUGUGUUGUCCUGCUUAUAGGCUGCUUCUGCGGCAUGCGUCAUUCUCUUCUCUGUGGAAGCGGCGCUGCAAAAGUUCUACUUGGAUGGUCACAACAAUCGGGUACUCAAGCCGGCGUUGCCAUCUACUUCAUGUUUGGAUUUUGGUUCCUGUUCACCAUCGAACCGGCCGCGUUUGUCUACGGGCCGGAGAUCUGGCCGACGCAUCUUCGGAAUCAUGGCACCGUCAUCUCCUACUUCGGCUUUUUCAUCGGCUCGAUCUGGACGACAUCAUCAGCUCCACAGGGAUUGGCUAGCCUUGGCUGGAAUAAUAUAAAUAUUAUCGUAAAAAUAUCGUAUACUUUAUAUGUCUAA